AAAGCCACACUCGCAGAAAACGGUUACCCUAACCGAUUUAUUGACAGCAACAUGAAAGAUAAGCAGUCUAAACUGGUCACCGACUCAGUUCCAAAGAAAACCUUAUUCAUGAACUUGGAAUUCAAAGGAGAUCAAGCUUCAGAUAUGCUCAAAAAUCGUCUCUCUAAAUCAGUCAGUAAGACGUUCCUUGCAGCAAAAUUACAUAUGACGUUCACGAGCCACAAAUUGUUCUCUAUCUCUGUAAAAGAUAAGCUCCACUGUAUGACCGCCUCCAUGUGCAUCUAUCAGUUCACCUACUCUCGUGGAGCAAGGUACAUUGGCCGUAGUCAAAGGACGCUCCCCACACGGAUACGAGGACAUAUUCCAGCUGCAUGGUUUUACAAGGGAGAAAGGAAAUGUGUGCGAAGCUCUAUUCUGGAACACCUGAUCAACUUCUGUCAACCCUGACCAUGAUUUCAAGAUCGCAUAUAUAGAAUCCAUGCUAACCUCCCGCGUUUUCUUCGUUACAGACUUCUAGAGACAGCUGAGGCCUUAGCAAUUCAUGACCUUAAGCCAGACCUUUGUGUACAAAAGAAGUA